AUGAAGAUCACCACUGCCAUUGUCUCUUCCCUCCUCACCGUCUGCGCCGCCGCGUUUGACAAGAACCAGCCAUGGGGAAAACGCGACUACCCCUGCAUCAACGUCUUUCAAGGUCUCCCCGAUAAUGCCACCGUGGGUUUCGGCGACAAGAUCGAGUUUCGCUGGAAUCGCAACCCGACAGGCCACUGCCCUGAUCCUCUGUGCGAGUAUCCUGGCAGCGACUACAAGAUCGUGAUGUAUAACAACCCCCAGCCUGGCCCCACUGGGGUCAAUGCUGAACAGACAGUCAUUCUCUAUAGAGGGAUUAAGGAGGAGGAUGGAAAAUUCAGGGCCCAGAUCCCGAAGUCACUACCUGAUGUCGAGGAUGACUCGCUGUGGUAUUUGCGGAUCGAGACGGUUUUGGAGACGGCGCCGCAGAUGCCAACCUUGUUCAAUGCGGCUGGUCCUUUUACCGUCGAGAACUACUAG